GUUUCCAUGGGAAUCAGUCACACACACACACACGCCUGGUCGGAGCGAAGUUUCGUUACUGCGCGAGUUUUUAGCCGAAGAACCGUCGUGCAGCCCGCAGGCCGGGACUGGAGUCGAGGAAAGGAGUUGCGCCUGGAGGAAGGCGGAGGGCAGAGGCGCAGUGCCAGCUGCUGGCUGACCUACAUCACCGGCCUCCAACCUUUCUAACAAACCGAUCAGUUAGUGCAAGAUGAGUUUUGAACAUCAUGAAUCGGUGACGUGCUGGUCAACUGAAAGUCCUUCCUCCUGGGAAAAGAACAAUUGAGCUCUUCUGGAGAAGGGGAGGAGAAGAGAGAGAGAGAAGGAAACAGGAAAGACGUUUGAUCAAUGAAUCAGCGCCGUGUCUCCACAGCUUGUUUUAAGAAUAAGGAAAGUUAACAAGCUGAUGAAACCGUCCUGAGAGAGGAUGAAUCGCUACACCACCCUGAGGCAGCUGGGUGAUGGCACCUACGGCAGCGUGCUGAUGGGGCGAAGCAACGAGUCUGGAGAACUGGUGGCUAUCAAGAGGAUGAAGAGGAAGUUUUAUUCCUGGGAGGAAUGUAUGAACCUGAGAGAGGUGAAGUCUCUGAAGAAGCUGAACCAUGCGAAUGUGGUGAAACUGAAGGAGGUAAUCAGAGAGAACGAUCACCUCUACUUUGUCUUUGAGUACAUGAAGGAGAACCUCUACCAGCUUAUGAAGGACAGAAAAAAAUUGUUCCCCGAAUCAGUGAUACGAAACAUAAGCUUUCAGAUUUUACAAGGCCUGUCGUUUAUUCACAAACAUGGUUUCUUUCAUCGAGACAUGAAGCCAGAGAACCUGCUGUGCAUGGGUCCAGAACUGGUCAAAAUAGCAGACUUUGGACUGGCCAGAGAGAUCCGCUCCAAACCUCCCUACACAGACUACGUAUCAACCAGAUGGUACCGAGCUCCAGAGGUCCUGCUCCGGUCGUCUACCUACAGCUCUCCUAUUGACCUGUGGGCUGUGGGAUGCAUCAUGGCUGAACUCUACACUCUCAGACCUCUUUUCCCUGGGAACAGUGAGGUGGAUGAGAUCUUUAAGAUCUGCCAGGUCCUCGGCACUGUCAAAAAGACGGAUUGGCCAGAGGGCUACCAACUGGCUUCUGCUAUGAACUUUCGCUUCCCCCAGUGUGUGCCAACCAACCUGAAGACCCUCAUCCCAAAUGCCAGCAAUGAGGCUAUCACACUGAUGAGAGACCUGCUGCAGUGGGACCCCAAGAAAAGACCCACUGCUGUACAGGCCCUGCGUUACCCGUACUUCCAGGUUGGACAGAUCUUAGGGCCGCGUCCUCACAGCCAGGAGGUCAAGAAGGUUCAGGCCCGGCAGCAGGCCCAGAAGCAGGCCUCAGAGAUAAAGACUGACCCCCAGCAGUCUUCCUCCGAGUCCAAAGCCUCCACAUCCUCCACCAAAAACCAGCAGCAGCACCAACAGCAACAGCAGCAGCAGCAGCAGCAGCCUCUUCAGCAGAUUCCCGUUCCCCAAACUGAGAGUAAACCAGGAGGCCUCAGCCAUGUGAAAGCAGCAUCACUGGGCACUGAGAAUAACGCUGGAGGUGGCGGCGGGGUGGGGGCACUGAAGAGUGGCCGCCGUCGCUGGGGACAGGCGGUGGUCAAGAUGUCAGACAGCUGGGAGGAAUCUGACCCGUCAGACACGGCCGCUUCCAACUCCAAGAAACCCAGCCUGGGGAACCCAGAGGAGGAGAGGAGCUCUAAGGAGCAGCGGCCACAGCCCAAGGAGCAGAAACCUCUGUAUUCCUUCAGCACAGUUACUAAGUUACCCAGCAAUGUUAAGAUUGGCCAAAUGGACUCCGGUCUCCCAGGAUCUGCGGCACGGCAGCACUACCUGAGCCAAUCACGAUAUUUGCCAGGGCUAAUCCAGAAGAAUCAGACUUCUUCUGGAGAUAAGGAGCUGCGUGGCAUGACGCUGCGCGACCUGUGGGAGAACUCCUCGAACACCGUAAAUAAGCCGCUCGCUCCCAUUGGAGGAGGAUUAUCUGUCACCAGAGCCAACGCAGAAGAGAACGUCUCUAAAUGUGUGGACAGCCCACCAGAGAAAACUGUUGUGAAGGAGAGAAUACUGGAGAAAAUUGAUCUCUCCAAAGGGAACUUUGUAAGCACCAAAUACAACCUCUCUGGUGCUUAUGUGCCUUCAUUCCAAAAGAAAGAAGUGGGCUCGGUGGGACAGAGAAUCCAGCUUGCCCCUCUGGCAGGCCAGCAAACAAUCAAUCUCUCUUCUUCUCCUGAUAAUAAAAAAGACAAACGAAAAUCUGCAAAGGCCAAGCCCAUGUCCAACUCAUCCUUGAGUGAAACUAAUGAAGAUUACGAAGGCUGGAAGAGGAGGGCAGACAGGACUCAGAUGAAGGAGAGCAGCUACUCAGCCCUGGGGAAAACCUCCGGGAACCUGCUGACCAGAGCUCCCGCCGUGCAGCCCGUCCACGGCCGGGUGGACUGGACGUCCAAAUACGGUGGAAAUCGGUAGCUCAGAGGUGGUACAACAUCUGCUGCUGCUGGACCGUGUGGCCCAGUGGCACAUGUCUCCAGCUAAGGAGGUUUAGCCAAUUCUGCAUGAUCCCUUAAAGAAAUGACAGUAUGGAGGGUAGCUGGUAGUGAUGUCAGAAAACAUCUACGCAUCCCACAGUCUUCUCAUGAGACUUUUUUUUUUUAACACCAGUUUUGUUUUCUGAGAGCCUGAGACAUGUGGGAUCUAACUGUAAAUGUGCAUGUUUCCAUGACUGUUGCCAUGACGCUGAAGCGAGACUGUCUGCAGGACAAUCCCAUUGUAUUCAUGAAGGAUCCAGUGAGAGCCAGUUCUGCUGUUGGUGAUGGGGUAUUCUGGGUAGGAUUUAAAUGUAGUAUAGCAGCAUUUUUUUAAACUCUAGUUUUUAUUGUUGAAUAAUGUUUCACUACUGAUGUUUAUUAACAGUUCCUGCAGUGCUACAAGCCCUCUGCUUUUCUCCACUGGAAACAAAGUUCUGUGUAAUGGAUAUAAAAAGGAUUACAGCAACUUAUUGUGAAAUGUAAGACAGCCAUCCUUCUUUUGUAUUAUGCAAUUAACUGAACAUUUUGUAAACAUUUUAUACAAAUAAAUACAUGAAAGUU